UUUCCGAGGAGGAAAAAAAUGCCUACUCCGCUCGCCAAAAUGAGGUUGACGCAUUGCUGACCGAGGCCGAAAAUCUCCAACUGGCGGCUGAUGACCCCUGGCAAAAUUUCCCGACAGCCAUUAAAGAACACACAACCCAAGAAGCGAUUGAAAACCAGGAAAAAGAAGCCUAUCAGCAUAUUUUAACCCAAUUCAAAGCAAAAGUCAAACAAGAAUUAGGAGCCGCCCAAAAGGAUGGGGAAUACUCGCCAAUCGAUGAUAGCCAGAACUUCAUCGCCGUAAAAUCGGCCCGAACCAGCAUUAAGCAAAGCCGGGAAAACUCCGAUUCAUCGGACAAUAACGAAAGGGGGAAAAAUCCCGUUGACAACAACAAAAAUCAAAAAAAUAAAUUCGACUAUUCUCAACUAAUAAUGAUUGCUGUUGCGAUUGUGGCCGGUACCGGACAAGCGUGGGUCAGAACCAACAGCGGGAAAGAAAAGAGUCUUCGCGAUUAUUUUUAUAUGGAGCCUUCGCUUUGCGAGGACAUUCUUCAGCCGCUCAAAUUGUUUAACAAGGAAAAUGAUUUUGACUUUUUUGCUCGAGUAAAAGGCAGCGGCCCGCAAAGUCAAGCCGGGGCAAUUAGAUUGGCAUUGGCCCGGGCGCUAUUAAAAGUUUCCCCGGA